ACAUUUCUAUUUCAACAUAUUUUUUCUGGAUACAUCCGGUUGUGAAAAUAUCUGAGAAUUGGAAAACGAAAGCAACCGAGUUUUAGAAAAUCAGAACACGCGCGGGAACAUUUGGUAGGAUUCAAGAUGUCCAGACUCCAUUUUGGAAUAGUUGCAGUGGUUUUGGCUGUGUUGUCUUUUACGCAGUGUAGAGCGGAGGAUCCUGUUACCACUGUGGCUCCAGUCAAUAUUAUUGAUCCUAAAUUGAACUGUACUCAGUAUGGAGAAAACCAAACAGCGUGCUGUGAACGACCAAGCUGUGCCUUCGUGAACUGUACUGUCAACAAGACGACCGGAGAGACCCAUAUAGGUUGCCACAAUCUGAACAAUGAUACUGAUACAAAGGAUGCUGCAAAAAUCUGCGGAGUAAACGUUACGGCUAUCAACAAAACGAAUGUGUGUCAAGCUCCAGAUGCAAAAUGUGAGGACUUGAACCAGACAGAGUGCUGUGGCAUCCAGGGGUUCGGGUUAUCCUGUGUCUUUGUCAACUGUACCAUGAAAGCACAAACUAAUUCCUCAGCCAUGUGUAUGGCUGACAAAGAGAUUUCAACCAAGUGCGAAAAAGAUACAAACCACACUGUUUGCAUUCCUAAUAAUGACACAACUACAACUGCUGCCCCAACGACGACUACAGCCGCAAAGACAACACCUGCAGCCAUAAACACGACAGCUGUACCCAUAAAAACGACAACUCCAGCUCCCACGACACCUGCAGCAACAAACACAACCGCUGUACCAGUCACUACCACUAUUGCUCCAGCCACAACUACAAAGGUGACUCCUAAACCAGCCCCCAGCAGUAAGACCGGCCAGCAUUUUGACGCGGCCUCGUUCAUCGGUGGCAUGAUCCUGAUGGGCGGACUCAUAGUGAUUAUCUACUUUGGCCUCAAAUUCUACCGGGCUCGACGAGACAGGAACUACCGCACUCUCUGAUGCUCCACCAAUCAAAUUUCAUUAAUUCUUUUCUUUUUUUUUGAAUUUUCGCUCCUUAAUCUCCAGGGGUGAUUACAUUAGCAUCAUGUGUUUAAAAUGUUUUUUGUCAAAUUUCAAGUUGUUUGGUAUAUUUUUCACAGUUUUGUUAAAAAAAAGAGAAAGACUUGGUGCUUGGAUAUUUUUUAAACUAAAUUUUGAAAUAAUCACAAUGAAGCCAAAAUUGUUUGAAGUUUUUACACGUCAAGUGCCAGUUUCAAUGUUUUUGAAAGUCUAUUUUUGUAGAUCAUUUUGCUCAAUAGAAAUAAUGGUCUGAUCUUCUAGAAAGGACGCUUAUAAUUGGAAGAGUUUUGAAUGUGUUAAGUUGAACCAAUUAACAUCGAGUGUUUUCUUUUUUUUUUUUGCCUCUAAUUUUUAUGUGUGCGCUUUUUUUUUUAAGGAUAUGAACUUUUUUAGGAGUAGGAGGUGAAAGCGUCACUCAGAAGUAAUUAUAUCGGCAUUUAACUAAAUUGGCAGAGUUAACUCUUUUUUUUUUACCAUUUCCUACAAAAACAAAUCAUUAGCCAAAAUUAGGGCCACACAAUGGCAAAGAAAGUAAUUGUUUACUUAGAGAAGAUCUGAUUGGUGUUUGAUCUGACAUUUGAAUUUGUAUCAUGGUUUUUCAUUGGUUGAUCUGAUAUGUAAACAUAUACAAAAAAGCAAUAUUUGAUGUAAUCUUUUGAUAUAGAAAGAUAAAUUAGCUGAUCUAAAAUAACUGAAAAGAUUGCUUUAUCUUGCAUGUAACCUAUAUAAAUGCAUUAGUUGAUAUGAUUGGUUGAUCUUAACAUAUGUUGAAGCAACAGCUUAUCUGAUUGGUUGAUCUGAAUGGUACAUAGAAGUUGAUCUGACUAAUAUUGAAAGGUUACUGGCUCAUGAUAGAUAGGGGGAUAAAAUGUACAAUACCUGUAGUUUUUGCCUGUAACUCAUUACCUGUAACUCUUUACCUGUAAUUCAUUACAUGUACAAAUUUUUGUAAUAGUAAUUAGAAUAUUGUUAAAAAUCUAACAAACAUGGUGUGGAAUAUCCAACAGACAACUGGAUAGUUAACUGGGCAAAGAACCUAGUUUUGAUUUUGCAUGAUUAUUUGUUGGUUUCUGCUGGUGAUAAAUCAAGCAUUCCAUUCAAUCCCUGUGUGAAAUGAGUAUUUUACUUCCUUCAUAAGAAAUCUACAUGCUCUUGUUUACUCCACACACUGUUAUUGAGCUUAAACAACUCAAAGAGAAAAAGAUAUAAAUUAUUGUUGCUAAAUAUAUUCAUGUUUGCUUUAUUACUCGAUAGCAAUGCCACUCUAUGUGUUUAUGACAAAGAUAUGCCUUUUUUGUGUAUUAUCUAGCUAUGCUACUGGGUGUAGUAUGCUAUCGUACAUGCAUUACAUGCUUUUCUUUGUGUUUAUUGCUUACAAGUGGCUUUGUCACUACAUGCAUGUAUAAUCAUUUUUGCUUCAUUUCAAAGAAUUUGAAGAAUGGAAUUCAUUUACAUGUAAUUGUAGUAAGUGCUAUGAUGUUUUUGUUAUAAUUUAUCUAUCUUUCUUUGAUUUACUCUCAUGUUGAAGUGCUCAUUUGCAUUUUGUAUUUGUUGGGAUAUAGAAAUAUUUGGAUUCAUAAUCAGAUUUGUUCAUGUAGGAACAUUUGUGAAAUAUAACUGUUCAUUUUUUAUUAAACUCUAAAUUUCAAAA